UGGCAACACUGCUGUUCGUUUCCUUCAAUUCCCUUGCUAGAAGCAAACACACCGUUAUUUUAUAUUAUAUUAAUAUUAGAUCAGUAAAAAAUGGCCGAGGCAAUGAGACAAACUGUUGCGGAUAUGCUGAAAGGGAUUGAAAGGUAUAAUCCGGAUAAUCUAACAACUUUGGAAAAGUAUGUUGAAAUCCAAUCAAGAGAAAACGCAUACGACUUGGAGGCAAAUCUUGCCGUUUUGAAGCUGUACCAGUUAAAUCCUCAUCGCUUCAAUACUGACAUAACGUGCCAAAUUUUAUUGAAAGCCCUUACUAAUUUUCCUCACACGGAUUUCGUUCUUUGCAAGUGUCUCCUCAGCGAAAGGAUCUUGCAGGAUACUCCUAUCAGUCAAAUUAUGUACUUAGGGGAUAUUUUGGAGCAAUGUAAUUUUCAAUUAUUCUGGAGCGAGGUGGCAUCUAUUCCAGAACUUUGCCAUAGAAUAGUUGGAUUUCAAGAUUCUAUCAGAAAAUUUGUCUGUCACGUUGUGGGAAUUACUUUUCAGACGAUAGACAAAAGCUUAUUGAUGCAGCUACUUGGAAACGUCGACGAAACUACUCUGAAACAUUGGGUAAAAAAGUAUGGUUGGAAGGAAGAGAGUAAGACAGUGAUUUUUAUUGCCAAUCAGGAUGAGAAUAUAAAAACGAAAAAUAUAACUGAGAAAAUUGAUUUUGAAAGUGUUGCUGGACUGAUGGCUUCCUGUUUAUAAAUAUUAAUUGCACAAAUAAGUGAUUUGUAUUUAUAUGUUUUUGGAAAUACAUCUCGAUAAACGUAAAAGAAUUUAAUAUUUUUUAUUAUAAUUACACCAAAAUAAAGGUGUCACAUUUUUGUGAUCAUCGCGUAAAUGAUACACAAGAGCAGGAUAUGUACGAGCAAGAAAAAUACACUGUAUGUACAUUAA